AUGAGGAGGAGAAGCAGCAGCAGUAAUGGCAGCAGGAGGAGCUCGACUCUCCGCAGACGCAGUGAAAAUGUGCGCUUUGAUGAGUUUGGAUUUGCUGUCACUAAGAAGAAGGAACAAAAACUUCACCACAGAUCUCACGACUACAGCUGCCCCCAGCUGAGUUCAGUGAAGGUCAAAGAGUUGUGUGAACUGCUCAGCUACUGGAAUGGUGCCAGCUUCCUCUGCAAGAACCAGAUUGAAAGAUUCAUUAGGAUGGGCAUUCCUUCAAGUUUGCGAAGCCAAGUGUGGAGAUGUCUUCUGUCCAUUGAAAACAGGAAGCAAAAGAGCCAUUUUAACUAUGAGAUAUGCCUGGCACAAGUGCGAGGACCUCUUGUUGACCUGGGGGUCAGUGAAUAUGGCAUUUUGUCGGCCAUCUCCACGUUAAGCGAGACACAGAAUGAUUUUGGCACAAACCCGGAGCCGUCCAACUCAGAGCUGCGCUACUCUGAGGAUGACAUCUCACUCUUUCGACAGAUCGCACUGGAUCUGCAACGCUCAUUCCCCACACACCGCUCUCUGAUGGGAGAUGGCCCAGAGGCCAUAGAGGGUCAGGCUAAACUUUUCCGGGUGCUCAUUGCCUACGCAAGAUACAGCCCUCAGGUCGGAUACAGCCAAGGAAUGUCCUACAUAGCAGCAGUGCUGUUGAUGCAUCUGGCAGAAGAGGAGGCAUUUUGGGCUCUCACAGCUCUGUUGGAUCAGCCUCAAUAUCUCUCGGAACUUUUUGAUCUGAACCUUUCAAAAAUCCAACAUCAGGUGAAGAUGUUCGAACAGCUUCUGAAACACAGAAAACCAAAGUUAUUUCAACACCUCGAGUCUUUGGGACUUUUGACAGUCCAUUUUGUGAUGCCGUGGUUUCUCACCCUCUUCACUUCGCUGCCGUGCUGGGACUCUGUGCUGGCCGUCUGGGAUCUCAUCAUUCUGCACGGACUGUCAGCUGUUUUCCGGACAGCACUGACCAUCAUUGAGCUGCUGGAGCCUCGGCUGAUGGAGCUGAACGACGAAGGGGCCAUGUUACCCCUGCUGCUCCGAGUCCCUGUGGAUGUAGCCCGGUACAGCACGCUGAUCCCUGCCCUGUGGAACACCGAGGUCCAGGACUGGGAGCUCAAAUGCAUGAACAGCCUCGUACUGGACGAGACCCACAGCGAACCCUCAUCUGAGCAAAGUGAAAAAAGUGAUUCUACAUCUGCUCAAAGUGGAAAUGAUGGGACCAUGGAAAGUGGCAGCACCACUGAAACGGCACUGGACUCUGGAGGCCGAGGAGUUCUGAGUCGUGUUCUGCAUCUGGCCCAGCGCUUCCUCCUGGAUCCCAUCGCGCGACAGAGAGACGUGAAGAAAAGCACCGCAGCAGGACAAGGCAUCAAGAGCAAGAGCAAGGCCUCGGAGACGCUCACACAAGCUCAGAUCAAAAUAAGGAAGCGUAGUCAGCAUCGAGGUGCGACUUUGCAGCCUGCAACCGAUGAAAACAUCCCUGAUGUUGCACCAUCUGGGACUGAGGAUGCCAAAAGAUGUUGCAGAACUAAUGAAAAGCUAAAGCGCUCUGAUACCGGACCUUGUGGGAAAAGCCAUCGGCGCAGCACCCACAGCCUAAUCCAGCCUCUCAGGGUCCGAUCUCUGCGUCUGUUAAGAAGCAAUAAGGACCUUCUGAAGCAGAACACCCCCACCUCCCCCCUGCUUCCCCCAACACUCCGGCUGUCCACGCUACCUCCAGCAUCUACUGCCUCACCAGCACAGGAGCAGGCCCAGCGGAUCACCCCCAGGAUGGCCUUUCUCAAUGAGCUCUCCUCCAGACACCAGACCUGUGUCCCCUUCACCAACGUCCGCGAGUCUGCGCUUAUCUGA